AUGCCCACCGGACUCCGUUUUGGAUCCAUCCAGUGUUCUCAUCGACCAUCGAAACAACCGCUGGGAUCCGAAGAUUCGGAUCGGGUUUCGUCCUUUGGUACUCCUUUCGUCUUCUUGUUGGCUCCCACAGCGUGGUAUAGGAGGAAUUCCUUUGGAAAACGCCGAUCCCAGUGCAGUGUUCAAAUUGCCAGCCCUCCUACUUCGCAUCAAUGGCCUGCGGAAACUGCCGGAUUUGACUCCUACGACUUGGGAUCGACGUGCCCAUUUACUUCAACCACGGCUGCCGACGUAGCAUCAAUUCUCACCGCUUAUUUCAUGACUGGCUCUUCACAACAAAAAGCGCUUAGCCACCUCAUCGGGGCAUUUUCCGAGCCUGGACUCAUAAUAAUCGUCGAGAAAGUAUGCUCCCGCCUCCAGAAGGCUAGGACUGCCAGGAGACAUUACACGAGUAUAUCGAUGAGCUCUCCACGAUCUGUCACAAAAACUGAGGGUCCGUAUGUCAAGGGUAUUGGCGGUUGUUAUCCUUUAAUCCAAUCUCAGGACACUGGUAAUUUUACGCACGGCCAGCAACGCUGGGAACCGGUAACCGGAGGCGCAGCAGGACGACGCCAUCCGCCAAGUCAGCAAAUUGUUCCCUUGCCUCUGGACCUUCGACGAGUCCUCGUGUUCGUCCUGUAUUGCGAGCAUAUACUGUCCCUGAAGGUUAGACUGCUUCAAUACCUAUUUCCAUUGUUCGAGAAGUAUUCUGUGAAUACCGGAACAGCACAAAUAUGA